GGUACUGGGAUAUUACUUUCAAAAAUGGCGGAAGGGUUACGUCUUUUCGCCAAAGUAUACUUCAUCGUUUCCUUUCUUGUGAGUGAAAAUGUUGGCGAAGAUGCUGUCGAUAAAAACGAGAAGUAUAACCCGAAUGGUCCGCUGGUGAACUGCAGUUACUUACCUAUAGACUUUCUCGAGUGUGAUCCACCAGUUGAUUUUACGUCAAACAUAACUGCACGAGAGGUGUCUGGCUAUGGAUGCUCUAAAUUCGGCGGCUCAAGGUAUGAAGACGUUCAACACACACGGGUUUGGUGUGAAGCACUACCUGGAAUUGAGUGCUUUGGAGAAAGAAAAUUUCUUAGCUUAAAAAAAUUUCCCUGUAUCAAAUAUUCGGGUCACCGUUUUGUGACAACUCUUCUGUACUCCAUUCUAUUGGGAUUCCUUGGUGUAGACCGCUUUUGUUUGGGACACACUGGCACAGCUGUGGGUAAACUCCUUACACUUGGGGGCCUGGGAAUCUGGUGGAUUGUGGAUGUCAUUCUGCUUAUAACAGGAAACCUUAUACCUGAAGACGAGAGUAACUGGGUGCCAUUUUAUUGAAGGAUACAAAUGUACUUGUGGACCGGAUUUCUGUAUUUAUGGAAUCAGAUGCUGUAAAUCAAAUUGCUGGAAGCAUAGCAAUGUUUUAGCAUCUGCGUAUGCUUUGUUCGAGAUGAUUUUGAGACAUGCGGAUUGUUCCACGGAUUUGUGACAGGAUGAUAUUCCGAGGCAAUACUACACAUGUAUUUAGAUUGUUAAGAGAGAACAUACUUACAAGAGUAUUCCUGAAAUUGACUAUUGCCGGCUAUAAACAUUUCGGAAAUUCGUAGAAAGGUUUGCCAAAAAGUCAAGUGAGAAAGAAGUUGUCCACAACUCUGUAUGUCACACUAGAACAUGACAGGAGUUGUAGUUCUUCACUGUAACUGCAAGCUACCUUAACACGUGCAGGUCUACUAAUCUACAAGAAGAUUUGGAAAAGCACCGCAAACGGAACAGGCGAACAUGAUAAGAUACGCGUGGCAUAAUUGCUUUGACAGCAGAAUUUGAACGUAUUCACAAAAUACUUGAAAGGACAGUUGCAAAACAUACUCUUGUUUUUAUAUAAUUAUACAAAAAAUGGUGAAAUUAUAGUACAAAUCAAACUUCCCAGACGAAAAACAGCACUUCUGACUGUUUAUUGAUUCACGGUGUCGAGAGCCUGAAACUUACCCGUGAAGAACUUCCUAUAGAUAGCUUUAGACGGGAUUAAUAAAAAUGUACAGCUUCGAUAUGUAAA